AUGACAGAACAAAACGUUAAUGGCUUUGACACCCAGCCCCAUGUGCGAAUGAGUGAUAACCCCAGUUAUAAUUGCCAACCAUAUGAGUCAGACGGCACGACAGAAAGGAAGAGUUCAGAGUCUUCUCACAGCCCCAGCCCUGCUUCUCCAGCCCAGGAUCAAAUUCAUGGGAGAUAUCCUACAAGCCAAGGAAUUCACUGUGGCAAGAACAAAUUUAAAGCAUCUUUCGGUACUGAAAAAUUCAGACGGUACAGUUACGAGGAAAGUACUGUAGGAAAUUAUGACAGGUUUCUCAAGAGCAGCAGAAACCCCUUUCACCCUUACAAGAGGCAGAUCAGCGAAGAUGUCUUCCAGGAAGCACAUCAAGCCCUCCCACCAGAAGGUUCACCCUUCAAAAAUGCUAGAAGCAUCGAUGGUUUUGAGGGUCUACCAGGAUCUACAUGUCCUGAUGGGUCAGAGUCAUUUCCUACACACAUUCCAAACAUCUCCACAGAACAACCAUGGUGUAAUAGCCUCCAGUACAGCACCACAGGUCAAGAUCACGGUUCACAAGUCAUGGAUUCAGACAUCAAACUUAGGACAUCCCCACUGGAAGGGCAGCCUGGUUUGUAUUGUUAUCAGCCUCAAGUGCAGCAGAUGUAUUGCCCCUCACAUCCUUUCCAUCAGUAUCCCUCAGGAGGCAGCUAUCCUGUGACUUACAUUACUUCGUCACACUACCCUUACCAAAGAAUUGCUCCUCAAAGCAGUCAAGAAUCCCAGCAGCCUCUAUUUCCCAAACCCAUCUACUCCUACAGCAUCCUGAUCUUCAUGGCACUCAAAAACAGCAAGACAGGGAGCUUGCCAGUCAGUGAGAUUUACAAUUUCAUGACAGAGCACUUUCCUUACUUUAAGACAGCUCCAGAUGGCUGGAAGAAUUCUGUACGCCACAACUUAUCUUUGAACAAAUGCUUUGAGAAAGUUGAAAACAAGUCAGGCAAUUCUUCUCGGAAAGGCUGUUUGUGGGCUCUGAACCCAGCCAAAAUUGAUAAGAUGCAGGAGGAGCUCCAGAAAUGGAAGAGGAAAGACCCAGUUGCUGUAAGGAAGAGUAUGGCAAAGCCAGAAGAACUUGAUACACUGAUAGGCGACAAAAGUGAAAAGCUGAGAUCUUCAAUCAUGUCCUGCAGUCCGACUGGUGUUGCAAGUGCAUCCCUUUCCAGGCAGAUGGCAGUCCAAUCCCAUUCCUUAUGCGAGCCCUCUCUUUCCUCCAGUAUACCACAGCCACUGCACAGUAUCCACGCAUCAGGAGCUCUACACGUCAAGAGCCCAUUACCAAAUUUGCUCGGGGGGCAGCAAACUGCGUGCUAUACAUCACCGCAGGGUUUUCCUCAAAUCUCAACUACAUUAAUGCAACAGUCACCUGACCCUCAGACCCUGUUUCCUUCUGGGGAGGCUCAAAGUGAACUCAGAACUCAGCCCAGCAUCACCCAGGAUUCUCCACUGCCGGCUCAGACCCCCCCGAUCUGUGGUGUGAAGAUGCUGACAGAGCACUCGACAGCCAGGACGAUGCAGGACACGCUCAUGCAGGAGGGAGAUCUCAGCAACGAUAUCGAUGCUCUUAAUCCAUCCCUUACUGAUUUUGAUCUGCAAGGAAAUCUUUGGGAGGAGCUGAAAGAUGACAGCCUAGCUGUGGAUCCCCUGGUUCUCAUUUCAUCAUCCCCAACGUCUUCCCAGUGUUUCCCUUCUCACUGCCAGAUGGAGAACAGCAGCAGCAAUAACGUCACCAUCCAGAACGGAACUCCACACAGCAACCUACCCGACCUACAGCUCACUACUCUUUACUCUGCCUUUAUGGAAUUGGAUACAGUGUCUCCUGCCUACCUAAGUAAUUCUGGAUCCAAACCUAUAGCACUAAUGUGA